ACAAUUACUCAAAACCAAAUCAAUCUCCAUUCUCAUCAAUAUCAAUUCAGCAACGCCACACAAUAUCCACACUGAAGAUCAUCGAAUUCAGCAUCGAAUUUUGACAUUAUUAGGUCACACUUCACGCAAUUUUUGUUCUUUGGCGCGCCCUGACCGCGGUUCGCGUGGGGCACAUACCUAGGGUCGACCGUCCAAGAACUUCAAAAGCUUGGCUGGGCCUUGUUUGUUGAUCAUUCAAGUUCCCGUUGUCAACUGGUCUUCUCUAUGAAAUUGCAAGCCUUUCCGGCGUUGUACUAUUUGACAUAUUCCAUGUUGAUUGUAUGAAGACAGCUGCGGCGGUCGGAGAAACACGCGAACUUGGUGUUACUCGUGUAAUACCAAUAAUACCUUGUUGGUGACUCAACAGCAGCUUCAAUCUCUGGUACAACUAAAACAAUCGACCCAAACUCAAACCCAAUCGCGACUCAAUCCCUCUUUCUUAUCCAUUAUAAAAAAUCCGCAACAAACUUAUAAUACCUCCACCAAUAUCCUGGAGUUAAACCCCCAGACGCACUUAUGGCCUCUCCUGCAGCGAGCGUCCAACAGGACGACAUUGACUCCACUGACCCUCACCUCACGGACCCGACCUUGCUGAGGGAUCACUCAGAGUUCAAGUCCUAUACAACAAGUCGUUUCAAAUACUCUGGAAUUCGAGUUUUCUACCGACAACAUACCAAGGCAGACCAACUACCCAAAAAACCUGCUCCACUACCACUAUUGGUAUUUCUGCAUGGCUUGGGUGGCUCUGUUGCCCAGUUUCAUCCUCUGUUAAGUAGUCUGGUGGAUGAAGCCCCUUGCAUGGCAAUUGACUACCCCGGUUGUGGCCGAUCUGAGUUCUCGGUCACUAAUUGGGAUGCCUACACGACGGAUGCUUUGGUAGAGCUUCUGGAAACAGUCAUUGAGGACUAUCGAGACAAGGACGCAGGCCAACGAGUGGUCCUGAUCGGCCACAGCAUGGGGACAAGUCUCGCUGCUAAGUUGGCCAACACGCAACUCGAGCAUACAACUUCGCUAGCCGAGUACGUCGUAGGGUUGGUGGCUAUUUGCCCUGUGUCAAACCCUCCUGAUGAAUCAAAGACAUGGUGGUUUCGGAUGGGACUUUGGGCUCCGGAAUGGAUGUUUAAUUUGUGGCGAGCCUGGGAAGGUUGGGGGGGCCCCAACAGUGCCAGUAUCAUACGUUUCGUUGGAAAGGAUGCUGACGAGGCUACCCGAAAACUUCAAUAUCGCUUUAACAGACAGAGUCGAACCCCAGUCUUUAGACGCAUGGCUAAUGGCGCCCUACCACUCUAUCACAACGGCAAACCUAAAGGCGGUCUCCCAACCCUGGAGGUCUGGGCAGGAUUAAAUAUCCCCGUCUUUUUGAUAGGUGCUAAAGGGGACACUGUUGUUUCACCUGAAGAAGCCGAAAAGAUUGCUAAAGCAUUGGACCCUGAGAAGACUCUGCCAGAGUCAGGGUCAUCAGAAGAGACACACGAGGCUAUUGCCGACGCUGCUGCCCCCGUCAGUACUUCUACAAGACCGCAGGAUCAUAUGCCACAAGCUAUUGAAGAUCUCAAUGAUGAUGACUUCACAAAGGCCAAGUCUCCGGUGCUUCCCAGUUCAGAAGAGGACAGCCCUAAUGAUCCCUCAACCCCCGACGAGACUAUGACUGAACUACCUGCGCAACCGAACCACCCCAGAAAGGUAGUAAAGACCAUUAUGAUGCCGUCACCUGCAACACACGCUGUCCUAUACGCUCCCUGCUCAGUUCGUGCCGUUGCUGGGUUAAUUUCUGAUUUCCUUGCCACACACGUUACUGGCAGACUUUCCCUGGCCUGGCAACUGCAAUACCUCUCCCGUGAGGGAAAAUGGGACGUCAAGAACCUUAACAAAUGGAAGUCUGUCAAUCCCGUAUCCGAGCCGAUUGGACCUGCUGGAAAACCUAUUUUCCGGGCACUCAAGACACUUCGUGAAGUGGACGAUGUCCAUUGUCCACAGAAUUUUGUUUCGAAUUGGGGUUCUAUUGUCAAAGAUAUCAUUGAUAUCUCAAAAGACCAGCCUGUCUAUGACCCCCGCGGGUUAGAACGAGCUGGAAUCUAUUAUCACAAGUUCCCCACAGUUUCGAAGAUACCUCCAGAGGCUCGUGAGGUUGAAGCUUUCAUCAAAUUAGUUGACGACCUUAGAGACCAGCAGCCUGCACGCGCUACCGCUGAGGACUGGACCAAUCCCGAGCAGUGUGUUAUUGGAGUGCACUGCCAUUAUGGUUUCAACCGCACGGGAUACUUUAUCGUAUGUUAUCUCGUUGAGCGGUGCGAUUUCGGUGUUCAGGAGGCUAUCGACACAUUUGCCAAGGCGAGGCCUAACGGGAUCCGCCACUCACACUUCCUGGAUCGGCUGUAUGUACGAUACAAUGUUGACACGGUUUCUGCCAGCCAGUCAUGAUUAUCAAGAGAGAAAGGCGUUUGGUUAAGGGUGUUAACGGCCACAAGCGAGGAGUAUAUUGGCUUAAAGCGUUGAUUAUGGGCCAUGGUUUAGUUAACAACCAGGAGUCUGGUCGGUGGUCUCUGUUGGCAACUAGCGUAUAGAUAAUGGACUACUCGAUGUUUGUCGGAGCCAAGCAUUGUAGUGGGCACUUAACAGGCAUGAUACUCUACCCACUUUCUCGGGUCUGUAUUGAGGUGAACUGGACAACACAUUUAGACUCGGGUACCACUGGCGUCAUGCUGGGAUGACUACGAUGAGUCUGAUUAUCUGAUUUAAUGUGAAUUGCAG